GACAGCAUCGACGGCACACUGAAGACUAUGCAGCGAGCCACACAGCUCGGACGGCGGCACUUUGCAAGCACAGCCCGGCGGAGAGCAGAUGGAUCUGCUACAGACCCAGCAGCAGCGCCUGCAGAGACAACAAAGGAAACCAUUGGCAUAGAUCUUGAUCUCUUCAGGCGAUUGGCCUCUCAACCCGCCUCAGCACCCGCCAGACGAGCUUCACAGCCCGGCCGAGACCUACAACCGUCCAGUCAACCGAACACACCCUCAUUGAACCCGUUCAGCUUUGGCGGACGGGGUCUCUCGAGAGCGAGAGCGCCUUACACGCUCCAUGUGCACUCGACGAGCAACAACACCAUCCUGACCUUUUCAGUCAGCGACAAGCACAGCCGAUCAUGGUCAAAGGAUUCCUACGGAAGCUCUUACAGCUCUCUGGGCGCUCUCAGUAGCUACGCAGUCGCCCCACCGCCGCCUGGUGUCAUCGCAUCUGCAGGGUCCAGCACGCAGAGCCAGCAGGAGAAACCUUCUCUGCCGGGUCAACCGGUCUUCACUGUCACUGCCGGUCAGCUCGGCUUCAAGAAAGGUCAACGGGGAGGCUACGAGGCCGGCACGCAGACCUCGCAGAAAAUGUUCUCUCUCAUCGAUGGCCUCAUUCAGAACAAGGGCAUGGACGCCAUCAAAGGCGCCAAAGGGCAGUGGAAGACAAAGCGAGCGCCGCCAACAUCGAUCGAAGUGAGCUAUUCUGGCUUCGGUCAAGGGCGGGAUGCAGUCCAUGCGGCCAUGCUCACCGAGCCCGGCAACAGAGUGAGAGAGCUCGUGACCCGAGUCAUAGACGCUACGCCAAUCAAAAUUGGCGGUGUGAGACCUCGCAAACGUCGUAUCUUGUAAGACAAGUAUGCAUGACAACAACAUUUGCAUGAAAAACCCCU